GGCGUGUCUAACGGGGUAUAUAUAAAGCAACAACAACCGGCGGGUUUAGGUGGUCUCGAUUCGACCAGACAGACCGAGAAGCCGGUCUGGACUUUGGGACCGUGACACCAGUCAGACCGGAGCUCCACCCGGGACGUGGUUGUAGUCUUUGCCCGCUCGGAGCUCCAACCUGGCCGGCCAUCUGUUCGUCUCUCUGGCCGUAAACAAGCAGCGACCCCCCCCCCGCGGGCUGUCACCCCGUAACCAGUCAUGGCCAUCAAUAAAGCGUCGGUCGCGGUGGUGUUCAUGGUGUCCGGGGUCCUCAUGGUGUUCUUCGGGACGGUUCUUACGUUCGUGGGACCGAUAAUCAUCGACGACCAGGUGGUGAAGAACACGGUGAUCGACCCGAAGAACGAGGUGUCCUACAGGAUGUGGAAGGACGUCCCGGUGCCGUUCUACAUGUCCGUCUACUUCUUCAACGUCCUCAACCCGCAGGAGAUCCUGAAGGGGGAGAAGCCCAUGGUGGAGCAGAGGGGCCCCUUCGUGUACAGAAAACAAAUCCAGAAGGAAAACAUCACAUUUCACUCCAACGGGACGGUUUCCUACCUCGAAUUCAGACGGUUCUUCUUUGAGCCGGACAUGUCUUCAGGGAACGAGUCCGAAGUCGUCACCAUUCCCAACAUGUUGGUGCUGGGCGCAGCGAUCAUGAUGGAGAACCUGCCCUUCGCGGUGCGGCUGAUGAUCAGCGCCACCUUCAAGACCUUCAAGGAGGGUCCGUUCCUCACCAAGACGGUCGGGGAGCUGAUGUGGGGCUACGACAGCGGGCUGGUGGACUUCCUCAACAAGUACCUGCCCGGCAUGCUGCCCUCCACGGGGAAGUUCGGCCUCUUUGCUGACUUCAACAACUCCAACACCGGCCUCUUCACCAUCCACACCGGGCAGGACGACAUCCGGAAGGUGCACAUGGUGGACUCGUGGAACGGCCUGACGAAGCUGAGCAACUGGAACUCCCCCCAGUGCAACAUGAUCAACGGCACCGCCGGCCAGAUGUGGCCCCCCUUCAUGAGCAGAGAGAGCACGUUGCCUUUCUACAGCCCGGACGCCUGCAGGUCCCUGGAGCUGGUCUACCAGCGAGACGGGGUGAUGGAGGGGAUCCCUCUGUACCGGUACGUGGCUCCCAAGACCAUGUUCGCCAACGGGUCGGAUUACGCCCCCAACGAGGGCUUCUGCCCCUGCAGGCAGUCGGGGCUGCUGAACGUCAGCAGCUGCAGGCACAACUCUCCGGUCUUCAUCUCUCAUCCUCACUUCUUCAACGCCGACCCGGUGCUGCUGGACUUCGUGCACGGCCUGAAACCCACAGAGGACGAGCACGGCCUCUUCAUAGACAUCCAUCCACUCACCGGCGUCCCGCUGAACGUGUCCAUCCGCCUGCAGCUCAACCUCUACAUGAAGAGAGUGUCGGCCAUUACGGAAACUGGAAAGAUUUCUGAGGUGGUGAUGCCGAUGAUCUGGUUUGAGGAAAGCGGCUACAUCGACGGGCCGAUCCUCUCCACCUUCUACACCAACCUGGUGGUGCUGCCGGCCGUGAUGGAGUACAUGCAGUACGGCUUCAUCGUCCUCGGCGUGGUCAUCAUCCUGAUCGCCGCCCUGGUGCAUCACCGAGUGAAGGUCUCCGAUGAAGAGCGAGUAAACAAAGGAGAAAUCAAAGGAGAAAUCAAAGGAGAAAUCUAUCGGAAAUAAUUAAGAGAAAUGACCGAAGACGACGGAAACACCAACACAAAGAGAGACCCUCCACACACACACACACACACACACACACACACACCGUGGACUCACUGAAAUUGUGUUCCAGUAUCUUGAACGCUGACGCCACAAGUGAAGAAACGACACGUUUGACUGUCCUUCAAAGUAAAACUCUCACUUCAUUAUCAGACUUGUCGGAUCAGAACCCGGCUGUGCGAUCCCGGCCCGGUUGGACAUGUAUAUUUCGCGGUGAAAGGCUGGAUAAACACAUUUCCUGUCCUGUAAACCUUUCACAAUAAAAGUCCCCCGUCGGUUUUCCUGCAGACUCUUCCUCCCUGAAGUAUUAGUAGACUUCUUUUAAUAAUUAAUAACCUUUUCUUGUCUGUCUUAUUUGUACAAAGAAUUACCAAAAAAAUGUUUUUAAAAGACGUGUUUCUGCAUCAACAACAAGGGAACUGGACUUUUUACUGCCGCUGUGCCUUGGAGGAGGAGGAGGAGGAGGAGGAGGAGGAGGAGGAGGAGGAGGUGAAUGUUUUACUUGAAAUGGAGAUGAAUGAUGACGUUCGCCGUCUAAAUGCCUCCUUUUUAUUAUAUAUAUAUAUAACAAAGUGAAUGAAUGAAUGAAGAGAAACAUGGAGGUAAUAAAUGAUUUUUUGAAAUCAUAUUUGUGAACGAGUGAUUUCUUUUUUUUUUUAAAGAGAAAAACACAAAGUAGGUUUUAAAUGUAUGAAAAUUAGAUGGUGCAAAGAGCGGAAGUCAAAUUAAAUCAUUCCAAUACG